AUGGUGGGUGCCCAUGUGCUGCUGAAGCGCCCUGCAGAAAGGCGCCCAAGGAGCCAACAGCAGAGGCAGAAUUAUGUACAGAUCUCCAUGAGAUCUUGUCACGCUGCUAUGCCCAAAUUCUCCUGGCAGGAGGCAACUGCCUUGUCGGAGGCAGACCCCAACCGCCACCUCGACAGCGAAGUCAGUGGCCUCCCCAGGGGCGCAGCGAGCACCGAGAACAAGCACGGGAGCACAAAAGCAGCCGGGCCGGCUACGUGCGGGACCGAGAGGGCCCGGCCGGAACCAGGGACAAGGCCGGGCCGCAGCUUGCCCGUCACCACGGGCAACAAUCGUAGCAGAGCGGCGCUCGGCGCUCGAUUGCAAGCGGCUGGCCGCCGCCUCCGCCGCCCGCUCUCGGGCGGGGUGGGGGAAGAGCCACCACCCUUCCUUUCGGCGCUGGAUUGGUCGCGCCUACUAGGAGCCGAGAAGACGGAUGUGGAAGGAACACUGUUUGUUUACACGAGAUCAGCUUCUCCAAGGCAUGGCUUCACAAUUAUGAACAGGCUGAGCAUGGAAAAUCGAACAGAACCAAUUACUAAAGACCUCGAUUUCCAGCUGCAGGAUCCUUUUCUGCUUUACAGAAAUGCCAGAUUGUCCAUAUAUGGGAUUUGGUUUUAUGAUAAGGAAGAAUGCCAAAGAAUUGCAGAGCUCAUGAAAAACCUAACUCAACAGGAACAAUUCAAAGCACAGCAGGGCACAGGAACAGGAGCAUCCCCAAUGAUCAUGAAUUCUGCUAAUAACAAAGAAGUGGAUAUCUUACGGAUGCUUACCAAAGCCAAAGAUGAGUAUACCAAGUGUAAGACCUGCUCAGAGCCAAAACAAAUGACCAGUUCCUCUGCUAUCUAUAACAACCCUAACCUAAUCAAACCAAUUCCAGUGAAGCCUAGUGAAAAUCAGCACCAGCGAAUAUCUCAGCAAGGCAAGAAUAUGGAUUCUGAACCACAACACUUGUCUCUGACAGCACUGUUUGGAAAACAAGAAAAGCCAGAUGUCUCAGAGCCACAUAGUAAACAGCAUCAAGAGAAUCUUUCUGUUAGGCAGGGGGUGGUACGUUCCUUGUCUUAUGAAGAACCUAGCAGACAUUCACCCUCUGCAGAGAAACAGCUUUGCCCAGCAAUUCAGAAGCUUAUGGUGCGUGGAACAGACCUGCAUCCACUUGCUGAAUUUCCUGAGAGCCGACUGUGUGAAAAUGGCAAUAUGCACCCUGUGAGUGAGACUUUCACAGGACUCUUCCAACCUGUGACUUCUCAUGGCAUUGCAACAUCUCAUGUAGUCCAGGAUACUGCUGGCACUCGGAGUUUAUUACAGAAAUUACAGGGCCAGUCGGGAUCAGUCCCUAAAAUGGACGCCAGUGCAACAGGCCUGGCUGCUGGAGCACCAGCAGCACAGAUAAACAGUCUGACCCAGCCACCUUUGGUGUACUUCAAUGGUUCCCUUCCAGGCCAGACUGUGGAGUCCCAGCCAGUUGGUAAAGAACAGUCCAAACUUCCUAGACAGCCACUUUCUCUCUCUGGCAAUCAAACAACCGGUUCUGGGGUGAUUUCACCUCAAGAGCUACUGAAAAAACUCCAAAUAGUGCAACAAGAACAACAAUUGCACGUAUCCAGCAGACCCACCUUGGCAGCUAAGUUUCCUGUUGUUACACAGAACGCCAGUACACUGAAACCACUGGAUUCCUGGAUAGACAAGGCACCAGGUGCAGAAAAACAGAGCUCUCUCUUUCAGGUGAUCUCACCUCAGCGCAUUCCCGCCACCGUGACGCCCACCUUGCUGAUGUCCCCGAUGGUGCCGGUCACCAAGAUGCAGCUGCAGGAAACACUUCUGCACCUCAUUCAGAAUGAUGACAACUUCUUAAAUAUAAUUUAUGAAGCAUAUCUCUUCAGCGUGAGAAAGGCGGCAAUGAAAAAGCCUAUGUGAAAGAUGAUUUUUAAAUUAAAUUCCAAUGACUUCCUGAAUGCAGGGAAAAGAUUCAAAUUUUUCAAGUAAUGUUAUGUUUUAAAAACUUCUGUCUUACAAAAAAAUUAAACCGAAAUGGAUGGUCUUUAGGCACUUUGCAUACAUGUAGAUUUUGCUUCUUGGGAAGUAUAUGAUGUACUGAGAAAGGUGGGUGGAAUCGGAUUGUGCCUUCAGGGAGGGGAGUGUCACGAUACUGAAGACUUAAUCACAAAAUAUCUUAAAUUAUUUUUCUUUUAUGAGCCCAU